UAGAAGUGCCACGAACCCAACACAACGUAGAGAUAUAAAAAUCCACUUGCUCCCGUUGUCCCGUUCCAAAGAAGCUCUUCCCCCCCGAAAACAGGUUAGUUUAUCAGGGAAAUUAUCUGCAAAUCCGUGAAUUUCGUCAUCUCUUCCCAACAAUAAGAGUAAAAUUGAAAUUUUCGGUUAUAAACAGCUCUCGGGGUGCGACAAUACCAAGUGCUGAGUGAAUUCUUGUGUUGAGUGUCUCAAUUGGUGGUAAUAGAGCCUGUAAAUAUGAUACACUUGCGACGAGUCAAUUGACAGGAGCCACAUCAUCUGUCCUUGAUAAGAAGAAAACAUGUAAUCAGCUGUAACUGACCGAUGUUUAUACUGCAUAAGGAGAAUAUAAUCCGAGCGACGACGUGAUAAAUAAUGCUGAAGACUGGAGGAAUAAAGUCUUGACAAACACUGAAAAGGCAAAUUGGCGUAUAAAAUGGCGAGGGAAUUAUUUCUGCUGGGUGUCCUUGUGGUUGGACAUGUAGCUAGAUGUUCACUGGGGUCAGCAAGCGAGGACCAUGUGGAAUACAUGAGCAGAGAGGAGCGGGAAUCCCUCAAGGAAGAGACUCGUGACAUGUUUUAUCAUGCUUACAACGCUUACAUGGAUAAUGCCUAUCCAGCUGAUGAACUCAUGCCACUGAGCUGCAAGGGAAGGUACAGGGGAUCUGAACCUGACAGGGGGGACAUCGACUCCACUCUUGGAAACUUCUCGUUGACUCUGGUGGACACUCUGGAUACUCUCGUGGUUCUGGGGGACUUGGGGGAGUUCGAAAAUGCUGUGAAAUUAGUUAUUAAGGAUGUCAAUUUUGAUACUGACGUAAUUGUUUCGUUAUUCGAAACUAAUAUACGUAUGUUAGGGGGUUUGCUGAGUGCUCACAUACUCGCUGAAUACCUUCAGACACGAGCAGACAUAAUGCCCUGGUACAGAGGUGAAUUGUUGAGCAUGGCAAAGGACUUGGGCUACAAAUUUUUGCCAGCAUUCAACACAACCACUGGCAUACCCUACGGUAGAAUCAACCUGAAGCAUGGAAUGAAGGGGGUGCCAGCUGAGAUGUGUCGUGAGACCUGUACUGCGUGUGCUGGCUCAAUGAUUCUCGAGAUGGCGGCUUUGUCUAGAUUAACUGGUGAAUAUAUUUUCGAGGAGAAAGCACAAAAAGCCAUGGAUGCACUAUGGCGAAUGCGGCACAGAGGCACUGACCUCAUGGGAUCUGUUCUCAAUGUUCAUUCGGGGGAUUGGGUCAGGAGGGACUCAGGGGUUGGGGCUGGAAUUGAUUCUUAUUACGAGUACUGCCUCAAAGCGUAUAUUUUAUUAGGAGAUGAAAAGUACCUAGGGCGAUUCAAUCGUCAUUACCAAGCUAUCAUGAAGUACGUCAGCCAGGGUCCGAUGCUCUUGGACGUCCACAUGCACCGCCCCAACACCAAUUCCAAGAACUUCAUGGACGCUCUUCUGGCCUUCUGGCCAGGCCUGCAGGUGCUCAAAGGUGACAUAAAGCCGGCAGUAGAGACCCACGAGAUGCUCUACCAAGUGAUGCAGCGUCAUAACUUCAUCCCCGAGGCCUUCACCACCGACUUCCAGGUGCACUGGGGCCACCACCCCCUCCGUCCCGAGUUCCUCGAGUCCACGUACUUCCUGUACCGAGCGACUGGUGAUCACUACUACCUUGGAGUGGGUCGUAAAGUCCUCAGAAGCCUUCAAACCUACGCCAGAGUGCCUUGUGGUUAUGCAGCAGUGUCAGACGUUCGAACCAACAAGCACGACGACACAAUGGACUCCUUCGUCCUCUCAGAGACCUUCAAAUACCUCUUUCUACUCUUCACUGAGACCAACGACCUCGUUCUGGACCUCGACGAGUUUAUAUUCACGACUGAGGGCCACCUGUUGCCCCUGACUCUGGCAUCAGUGCGACCAAAUGUCUCUUCGGAGCUGGAUAUCGACGCUGUCCAGGUCCAGGAGUUGGACAGAACCUGUCCCAACAGUCUUCACCUGUUUCCAGCAUCGGUGAGACAGCCCCUCAGAAACAUGGUUGAGGACGUCUGCCCCAGGAGAAUAAUCAAGAGACGACUGAGUGCCUCGCAGUUCCAGGCGAAUAACCUGGAGCACCUGAAGAUCCUCAGCCACAUGGGAAUCACGAUACUGACGUCUGCUGAUGGCAGGAUCCAGCUGCUUCACACAUUCUCCAAUGCCAGGACUGUUCAGGACGCUGAGGAGGGGCUUAUGUUCAUGCAGGAGAUGGUGGAGUUGAAUAGGAGACAGACGCAGGACGAGGGGAUCAGACCUCAGACUGUUACUUUAGUCAGGAGUGGUGGCAAGGAGAUGAGUUUCCUGGGGGGUCCAGCGCAGUUUGGACCCAAGCUCAGGGGGGAGAAGAGGGUUGUGGGGAAGCCUGUGCUGGUUGAACCUUCUAAAGCCUGCGAGGAGAUCACCAAUGCCAAGAUGAUCGAGGGUAAUAUUGCUCUGGUCUCCAGGGGCAACUGCAUGUUCGUGGAGAAGGCCAGGAUUGUGCAGAAGGCUGGGGCCAUUGCUGGAAUUGUUCUCGAUAAUGGCAUGGGCUCCAGUGCUGGGGGAUCACACAUGUUCUCCAUGUCGGGGGAUGAAAGUGUGGAGGAUGAUGUUAAGAUUCCGUUUGUUUUCUUGUUUUAUGCUGAGGCUAGUGAACUUGUCAAGGCUGUCAUUGGGAGCGAGGGCGAGCUAACUGUUACGAUAGGUGACUACACAGGUGAUGAAAAUCAAUUAAAAUCCCCAGUGGACGAUCAAUCAAUGUUCGAGAGACUAAAAACUUCAGUGAAAGAAUUCUUAUCUCGACCAGUGUCCACACAGAGCGCAGGGGUCAUAUCCACUCCAUCCACCCCUCAACAGACCUCCGAGGACGAGCUCCUAGUCUUCGAGAAGGGUCACAUGAGGGCCUCAAUCCUGAAAGCAACCGAGAAUCAGCAGCUGGUGAAUCCCAACCCUCUGGUUAGAUUAUCAACAAAGUCGAGUACUCCACCUCUAGUCGUCCCAGUGGAGGAGGACAUGUCCCUCUUCAAGAGGGUGUGGCGAGAAGUCAAGCAGAUUCUGGUGAACCAGAUCCAUGCGAGCACCAAGACACCCCCCAACGAGGUAAUUCCCCUCAGUCAGAUAAAAGUCUACUAUGACUGGCUGGCGAAGGAACGAAAGAACGAGGAGACAGCAGCCAGUGAGAAUCUCUCAGCCUGGAUGAUUGUCAACUGGUUUGUCACUGAACUCAGUGAUACUGUCCCCAAUCUCGACAUUCUAGACUCGAGUGGAAUGCCUCCAACGUCGAAAUCACUGGCUAUGAGGCUGACGUCACUUCUGCUGAGGGCAAAUCAAAAUUCACAGGAGAUGAAAGCACUCAUUGAAAUGGUGGACUCAUUCAAGGUCUAUGGGAAUCUGCUGGAGAACAUUAAGGAGGUUCUGGAGAACCUGAAGGGAGAGUUGAAGAAGGCCGCGAUGAAGGAUGAGGAUGGGAAGGACGGAGAUAAAUUCAUUCCUGUGGGCGGAGGGAGUGAAGAUGAUGGGAUCGUCGAGACGGUUGAGGUUGAGGGGAAAGGGGCGAGUCCUGGUGAUGAUGUUCAGGGGGAAAAACACGUUAAGGAGCAGCUUUAAUGCCUGGGGGGACUUAGGGAUUCAACAUUUUUGUGAGGUAUUUUGUGGAAGAGAGAGAAGAUGAUUAAUAAUUAUUAUGUAUGAAUUAUGAUUUGAUGAUAAAUUCUAAUUUUUUCGAUUAUGCAUUCUGUUUCUUCUUUGCUACUUUGCUGAUUUGUAGAUAGGGAAAUUGUGGAAUUGUACAGAGAGAAUUUGAAUUCAAUCAGUGUAAAUAACAAUUUUUAUUGAAGAUAUGAAACUGAUAAAUCAUUGCCAUUAAACUACGACUGUCGACGUAAUUAUAGCUCGUAUAUUUUUUUAUUUGCAGAGAAAAUGGUCUGUAAAUAAUUGCGAAUAAUUAUCUUGUCUACCAUGGGGUGAUUAAGUGACAUGAAGAGAUAUUCAAUUUUUAAUUGAAACUGUUUAUCUCUUUAUUGCAGGUAAUCGCGAUAUUCACGUGUACAAAAUGAAUAGCAAUUUAGGACAAUUGUCGCAGAUCGAGUGUAUGUCAAAUGUACAAUGGUCAGUUCUCGGUUUUGGAUGCAUACACGAUUUAUUGUUAGAGUAAUUUCGAUGUAUAUAUCCGUUAAUGUUUAUGUAAUAUGCAUUUACUUCAGAUGCACACCUUGUGAUUGUAAUAUAAAUAGAGUGUAUUAUAACAGAGGUAUUGAAAAUUUACAUAUGAAAGUGUUGAGUGUGAUUUUUGGUAUGGGGUAAUGAAUUGUCUGAUGAUCCGGAAAUAAAGUUUCUGUUAAAAAAUA